AUGUACUUUUCCGGAGCAAUCCACUCUCGAGUCUCGGUUCAUCACUGGUCAGCCUUUUGCCAAGUCAUCCUUUGCGUGAAGAGAGAAACUAUUGUUACACCUUGCCUGCAGACCUUGUUCCAGCAACACAGGCACCUCCACCGAAUUAACUUCCUCUACCCAGGCUUUCUCGGCCUUUCUACCGUACUGAAACUCAUCUUGCUAGGUAUGAGAAAUGAGGCUGCGUUGGCCAUCAAGGCCAGCCACUUCCUAGCGCCAUGUGGCUAUUUCCCCGGCUCCAUUUCAGGCUAA